AUGGGAGAUGAUUUUAAUAGACCGAUCGAGAGAGGAACACUACCCGAUACUCUGACUUUGUUGGAUUUGGGCUUGAAGUUCAAUCAGGUGCUGGAGCCUCAUUCGUUGCCAUCGUCCAUUCAAGUAUUAAAGUUGGGAUUAGACUACAAUCGACCGAUUUUACCAAAUGUAAUUCCCUCUGGUGUUAAGGGGUUUAAACUAUCGGAUUACUUUGACCAAAGCAUUCAGGUUGGUACACUUCCAAGUACAAUCACUCAUUUCUAUUUCGGUGACAAUGCAGGCUCGCUUCCACAAAAUCUAAAGCAUCUGGUGUUUGGUUCACACUUUGAUCAACCUAUUGCCAAUGUCAUACCGGAUUCUACCACACACAUCACAUUUGGCUAUUAUUUCAAUCGACAUUUAUAUCCCUAUGAUAUUCCAGAGUCUGUUCUCAGUAUCACUUUUAGCCACAACUUUAAUCAAUCGUUGCCACUCAACACCAUACCCUCAAAGGUUACCGAGAUCAAGUUUGGAUCCAACUUUAACCAAGUGUUGAUUCCAAACUCAUUGCCAAACACUCUGGAAUCGCUAUGUUUCGGAGAGCUAUUUAAUCAACAGUUACAUGCGGGUCAGCUUCCAAACUCUAUAACAUCGUUGACUUUUGGAUCAAACUUUGAUCAAACGCUGCAUCCAUCGGUCUUACCAGCAUCAUUAAAAACAUUGGUGUUUGGUAACAACUUUAAUAGUCCACUAAAGAAAGGGUCACUGCCCAUGGGACUGGUCCAGCUUUCCUUUGGUACCAACUUUAAUCAACCGAUAAGACAAGGUGUACUACCAGAGAGUUUGGAGCGUAUAUUGUUUGGCGAUGGAUUCAAUCAAAAGAUCGAUGGUAUCCUACCGGAAUCAUUGACACAGCUAUCGUUUGGUUUCGAUUUCAAUCAACCUAUAGCCAGAUUGCCGAACAAGUUGGUGUCGAUAUCGUUUGGCGGUAGCUUUAUAAAGACUAUUCCGAGCGGUGUUCUUUGUCCAUCGAUCACCAGUCUAAUUGUAUCACCACAGUUCUUUGAUUUCAAUCCACUGGAAUCACUACCGAUAACCGUUACAAACAUAUUGGUAUCACUUCAAAUAGAUUAUGUAAACAUAAGGAGAUUCAGUGCGAAUGAAACAUUGGCAUUGACAUCACGAUUCAUAGGUGGUUUUGUUAAUACAUCAAAGUUGAAACGUUUACUUUUACAAGAGGAAGAUUCAAAUAAUCCAUAUGAAUAUUUUGAUAAUAGUAAUACAAAUUAUGAUUGUGAUGAUUAUUAA